AUGAGUGGGACAAAUGCAUUCAAAUACAUGGUGGCCAUCCUCAUUCUAAUGCUGGUCUUGAUCGAAGAAUUUGGUUAUUGUGAAGCACAAGGACGGCGUCCACAAGGUGAACAGAAGGGACAAAACGCUGGUCAACAGUCACAACAAUCGUCGCACGAACAAGGAGGUGGACAACAAAGGCAACAUGAACAACAAGGCAGCCAGACUGGAGACAACGGGCAGAAUGAACAAGGUGGACAACACGGAGGCGAAGGAGGAGCAGGAGGCGAGGAACAUGGUGAUGAAUAUGACGGACAAGGUGAUCACAGUGCACCGCCAGAGGAGGAGGACGACGAACACGAUGAGCAGAAUCCCACGACGGGAAAUCAGUGA